AGGGAGGGGCAGUGUCCCCGACAGCCCCUUCAUGGGCAGGGUUGGAGCUAGCUGCUUGCUAGCUGGGACCUCCCUCUUCUUCUGGUUGAAAGACCGUGGAGUAGAUGGGACGGCCAUGGAUAACUGUGGGAGGGCAGGAGGGGGGGUCCCUUAUGAGAGGGCUCUGCAGAGUGUCUUCCCCUCUUGGGCUCUUUCUCAUACCCUUCUAGUGCUGCCUUAAAAAAGGGCCCUGUGUCUGAGGCCUCAGGUCUGUGACUGAGUUCUCAUUCCCUGUGUCCUGUGCCCUGGCCCUUGGAAAGCUGAGGGAGAGAGCUGCAGAGGCCAGAGGGCAGGUUAAUGAAGUACCUGUUCUGAAGGAGGAGGAGCAGGCUGGGGGCCUGGCUGCCCCACCCCCCACCCCUGCUCUGACUAGCUGGGCUGGCAAGGAAGGAGCACGUGGCAGCUCCUUGGGCCAGCAGCAUUGGCACUGGGCAUAGUUUGCAGAGGAAGGAGGCUCCUCUGGCAUGUAUGCAGUGCCUGGCAUGGUGUCCUAAGGUAGAGGCACUGUUUGGACUUGCAGAGCCCCGAUUGGAUCCAUAUCAUGCUGACUUUUCCUUGCUAGGAACCUCUCAGGAGCUUCUGGAAGACCAAGGAACCCAUUGAAAGACUAAGGUACAGGAGCCCUAAGUCCCCAUGGCUUCACUGAGCCGGGUCCUACGUGUAGCUGCCACCUGUCCUCGAGGGAGAGCUGCUUGGAAUCUGGGGCUACAACCCCUAGCCACAGAGGCCAGGCCCACCACCGAGAAGAGUGUUCCUUAUCAGCGGACCCUGAAGGAGGAGGCCCAAGGUGCCUCCGUGGUGCCCCAAGGACCAAGCCAGCCCCUGCCUAGCACAGCCAAUGUUGUGGUCAUCGGUGGGGGCAGUUUGGGCUGCCAGACUCUGUAUCACUUGGCUAAGCUGGGUGUAGGUGGAGCCGUGCUGCUGGAGAGAGAGCGACUGACCUCUGGGACCACCUGGCACACAGCAGGCUUACUGUGGCAGCUGCGGCCCAGCGAUGUGGAGGUAGAGCUUUUGGCUCACACACGGCAAGUGGUGAGCCGUGAUCUGGAAGAGGAGACUGGGCUGCAUACAGGCUGGAUCCAGAAUGGUGGCCUCUUCAUCGCCUCUAACCAGCAACGCCUGAAUGAAUACAAGAGGCUCAUGUCGUUGGGCAAGGCCUAUGGUAUAGAAUCCCACGUGCUGAGCCCAGCAGAGACCAAGAGUCUAUAUCCGCUGAUGAACGUGGACGACCUCUAUGGGACCCUGUAUGUGCCACAGGAUGGUACCAUGGACCCCGCUGGCACCUGUACUACCCUCACCAGAGCAGCAGUGGCUCGAGGAGCUCAGGUCAUUGAAAACUGUGCGGUGACUGGCAUCCGUGUGCGGACGGACGACUUUGGAGUGCGGCGGGUGGCAGCUGUGGAGACAGAGCAUGGCUCCAUCCAGACACCCUGUGUGGUCAACUGUGCAGGAGUGUGGGCGAGCAAGGUGGGCCGCAUGGCUGGAGUGAAGGUCCCGCUGGUGGCCAUGCACCAUGCUUACGUCGUCACUGAGCGCAUCGAGGGGAUCCAGAACAUGCCCAAUGUCCGGGAUCACGAUGCUUCUGUCUACCUCCGACUGCAGGGGGAUGCCUUGUCUGUGGGUGGCUAUGAGGCCAACCCUAUCUUUUGGGAGGAGGUGUCAGACAAAUUUGCCUUUGGCCUCUUUGACCUGGACUGGGAUGUGUUCACCCAGCACAUUGAAGGCGCCAUUAACCGUGUCCCUGUGUUGGAGAAGACGGGGAUCAAGUCCACUGUCUGUGGUCCUGAAUCCUUCACACCUGACCAUAAGCCCCUGAUGGGGGAGGCUCCUGAACUCCGUGGCUUCUUCCUUGGCUGUGGCUUCAACAGUGCAGGCAUGAUGUUGGGUGGUGGCUGUGGACAAGAGCUGGCCCAUUGGAUUGUGCACGGGCGCCCAGAGAAGGACAUGUACAGCUAUGACAUCAGGCGUUUCCAUCACUCGCUCACGGACCACACCCGCUGGAUCCGAGAGCGCAGCCAUGAGUCCUAUGCCAAGAACUACUCGGUUGUCUUCCCACACGAUGAGCCACUGGCAGGACGCAACAUGAGGAGAGACCCCCUGCAUGAGGAGCUGCUUGGACAAGGCUGUGUGUUUCAAGAGCGACAGGGAUGGGAACGGCCGGGAUGGUUCAACCCCCAGGAAACAGCUCAGGUCCUUGACUACGACUACUACGGGGCCUACGGAAACCAGGCACACAAGGACUACACCUACAGCAGGUUGCUAGGCGAUGAGUACACCUUCGACUUCCCACCCCACCACCACAUGAUCCAGAAGGAAUGUCUGGCCUGCAGAGGGGCUGCUGCUGUGUUCAACAUGUCUUACUUUGGGAAGUUCUACCUGCUCGGGGUGGACGCCAGGAAGGCUGCAGACUGGCUCUUCUCAGCAGAUGUCAACCGACCCCCAGGCUCAACAGUGUACACAUGCAUGCUGAACCAACGGGGAGGCACUGAGAGCGACCUGACUGUUAGCCGAUUGGCUCCUGGCACCCAGGCCAGUCCCCUGGUCCCUGCCUUUGAAGGGGAUUGCUACUACCUGGCCGUGGGUGGGGCUGUGGCCCAACACAACUGGUCCCACAUAAACACGGUGCUACAGGACCAGGAGUUCCGGUGCCAGCUUAUGGAUAGUUCUGAAGAUCUGGGCAUGCUCAGUAUCCAGGGCCCAGCCAGCCGUGACAUCCUGCAGGAUGUGCUUGAUGCUGACCUGAGCAACGAGGCCUUCCCCUUCUCCACCCACCAGCUGGUGAGAGCCGCCGGGCACCUGGUCCGGGCCAUCAGGCUGUCCUUUGUCGGGGAGCUGGGAUGGGAGCUGCAUGUACCCCGGGCAUCCUGCUUGCCAGUGUACCGGGCUGUGAUGGCUGCAGGUGCGAGGCAUGGCCUAGUCAACGCAGGCUACCGUGCCAUCGACUCCCUGAGCAUCGAGAAAGGCUAUAGACACUGGCAUGCAGACCUGAGGCCCGAUGACAGCCCCCUGGAGGCAGGAUUGGCCUUCACCUGCAAACUCAAGACCUCGGUGCCCUUCCUAGGCCGAGAGGCCCUGGAGAAGCAGCGUGCCACAGGUCUCCGCCGACGCCUGAUAUGCCUCACUGUGGAAGAGGAGGUGCCUAUGUUUGGCCUGGAGGCCAUCUGGAGAAACGGCCAAGUGGUGGGCCAUGUCCGGAGAGCUGACUUUGGAUUUACUGUGAACAAGACCAUCGCCUAUGGCUACAUCCGAGACCCCAGUGGUGGCCCUGUCUCUCUGGACUUUGUGAAGAAUGGAGAGUAUGCCUUGGAGAGAAUGGGGGUCACCUAUGCUGCCCAGGUUCACCUGAAGUCUCCCUUUGACCCUGACAACAAGCGGGUGAAGGGAAUCUAUUGAUGGGAUGCAGGUGGAGGCUACAGCUGCUCAGGCCACUGGCAACAGCCAUGCUCCCCACACUGCCUGCGGACCCCUGCACUGCACACACAGCCUUGUGUCCUGAGACCCAGAAUAAAGGCAAAGCACAGACUUCCCCACCCUUAGCCUCCAUGUGGUCUUGCUAACCACCACAGUUCCUAACCAGGGCUGGGUGGAGCACUAUGUUCCUCCUGCUCAUGAGCCACACAGUGGUCUCCAGUCCGCUCUAGCCCUCCCAAAAUUCACCCUGCAGAUGUCUUGGCUCAAGGUCCCUGUGAGUAUCUUAGGUGUAUGGCUAACCCAAGAUGGAAGCUGUAAAGCAGGCUUCCCCUCUGUCCCUCACUCAGCUGACUGCCAGAGUAGUGGAUCGGGAGAGUGAAUGGCGAUUGAUCAGCAAUGCCUGCCACAGGGUGGGGAGCACAUAGAUGGGUGCUAGACUGGUACAAUCCUUCCUCAGAAUGGCUGCCUUUCAGACCAGAGAGGAGAAGGGUAAGAAAGCUCUUACAGCCUUCCAGCUCUCCAGGAGAUAAAGCCUUCUAAGAGUCACCAUGGGAUUUGGAUCAAGAACUUCCAUUACUUACAAAGAAGUGACACAUUCUGCCUCAGUUUCCCCUCAAGCUUUUGCUCAUGGGUCCGGGGACACCAAGCUUGCUCUUGUGCAUGUUUCCAAGGACUUUCUGUCUCUGUCACAGAUGCAUGGCUCCAGCUCUGCUCUGUGAGAUAGAGCGGUCCCUUCUCCCAUCCUGUGUAACCAUCUACAUAUGUCCUCAUGUCAAGGGCACCCUGGCUCUCCUUCCUGGCGGUGAAUGUCUAUCACUUUUCUAUGGCCCCUGUCUUCUUCCUCUGCCUCACGCCCUGACUGAGAAAUUAGGAUGCCAUGUCUCCCCAAACGAAGGUCACCAUGUAGUCUUACAUGCCUUGUGGUCUAGGAGGGCAGGAGGCAGAUGCCAUAGUGGUACGGAGCUGGGGUGUCCUAAACCUAAAGAAGGCAGCAGAGGGGAUAUGUGGGCCCAGCUGUCCUGGGUGGGCUCUGAAUCUUCAUAGGUUUACACACCACACACUGAGCUGGAAAAGGUCAAGUUAAUAAAAUCGUGUGAAACCACUGGAA